UUACUUUCAUUUUCUCAUUGUAUACAAAAAUGUAUACAGUGUAAUUCAGACAUUCAAAUGUGGAUGAAUAAUUUCCAUCUUUUUGUCAAAUUUGCCACAAAUAGUGAACCACAUUUUUUUUAAAAUAAUAAAUCAAAUAGUCUUUUGUGUCAUUUGCAGCUAAAUGAGACACAAAGUGUGUAUUUGAUGACUCUCAUUGGGAAUGACAAGUGUUGCUUAGUGCCAAGAUGGAAGCACUCUGCCUCCGCUGGCCGUGCUUGACUGAUCCACUGAGAAGUCUUCCCAGCUGAGCUCACCAGUCGAUGUCCAGCGGCUCUCUCCUGCCUGCUGAUGUCAGCGCUCAUUCCUGUGCGGGUGACUAACGUGCUCCCACUGUGAGGCUCGGAGUGUGUGUGUGUGUGUGUGUGUGUGUGUGAGUGUGUGUGUGUGUGUGUGUGUGUGUGUGCGCUCAUGCAGUGUGGAGAGCUUUAUAUAGCCAGACUUCUCCAGGAAGGAGGACUGCCCUGGAUGCCACUGACCAUAUUUGAGUGUGCUGCAGCAAAGCGUAACUGAGACAACUCGCUCACCUCCCCUCUUUGCUGUAGUUCCCCUGCCUCGCCACUACGUCCAGAGGUCGGCGUGGGGGAGCGGUGUGUGCGCGAGGCAGCAUGCCAUGUCGUCCCCCGGCUCCUCGUUUGUGCAGAUCAAGCACCAGGACCUGCUCUUCUAUGAGAACUGCGGAGGAGGCAGCUUCGGGAGCGUCUACAGGGCCUUGUGGGUGUCUCAGGACAAGGAAGUGGCAGUGAAGAAGCUCCUGAAGAUCGACAAAGAGGCGGAGAUUCUCAGUGUUCUGAGUCACAAGAACAUCAUUCAGUUUUAUGGAGCCGUGCUGGAAUCUCCCAACUAUGGCAUCGUCACAGAAUAUGCCAGUGGAGGCUCUCUGUAUGAGUUCCUGUCCAGCGAGCAGAGUGAGGAGAUGGACAUGGAGCAGAUCAUGACCUGGGCCAUACAGAUAGCCAAAGGGAUGCAUUACCUCCAUGCAGAAGCUCCCAUCAAAGUCAUCCACAGAGACCUCAAGUCACGCAAUGUGGUGAUGACAGCAGACAGAGUCCUGAAGAUUUGUGACUUUGGUGCAUCAAAGUUCUUGUGCCACACCACCCACAUGACGGUGGUGGGCACAUUUCCCUGGAUGGCUCCUGAGGUCAUUCAGAGCCUGCCCGUCUCUGAGACGUGUGACACGUACUCCUAUGGCGUGGUGCUGUGGGAGAUGCUGACUCGGGAAGUUCCUUUCAAGGGCUUUGAAGGACUGCAGGUUGCAUGGCUGGUGGUGGAGAAACAAGAGAGGCUCACCAUCCCCACCUGCUGUCCAGCAAGUUUUGCAGAGCUGAUGAGGAAGUGUUGGCAAGCCGAGCCAAAGGAACGUCCACAGUUUAAACAGGUGCUGGUAACCUUGGAGACCAUGGCUAACGACAGCAGGCUACCUGACCAGUGCAACUCCUUUCUACAUAACAAGGACCAGUGGAGGUGUGAGAUCGAGUCCACCCUGGAGCGUCUGCGUAAGCUGGAGAGAGAGUUGUACUCCAAGGAGAAGGAGCUGGAGGAGCGUGAGAGGAGGCUGAGACUGUGGGAGGAGAGACUGAUGGAGAGAUCCACCAUGACACCCAGUCCCACAUCCUUACUGAUGGACCACUCACAGUUCUUCACACCGCUCUCCAUCGGCUCCUCGGGUUCUUCUUUCUUCCGCUCGCACUCUCAAGACUCCACCAGCGCGGGGCUCAGCAGUGCGGGGCUCAGCAGUGCGGGGGUCAGCAGUGCGGGGGUCAGCUGCCUUCUCCGCACCCUCAGCAACGGCGACAGCGAGCGAGGGAGCAGUGCGGUCCUGGAGAGGGGGGCGGGCUCUCUGGAUGGCGGGCGGCUGCACGUCAUGCUGCGAGGCCUGCAGGGGCGGUUGGGAGAGGAGGAGGAGGAGGAGGACCAGGACCAGGACCAGGGCACCCUGGAGGAGAAAGGCUGGGCCCAGCGGGACGAAGGCGGGAGCGUGGAGGGAGGACGUGUGCAGGUGACGCUCAGGAGCUUCCCGGGGGGCAGGAUGGAGAGAGAGGAGAGGACGUGGGAGGGAGGGGAGGUGGAGGGAGGGGGCGUGCAGAGGAGCAGGGUGACCACCAUCCUCAGAGGGUACUCGGGGGGCCAGAAAGAGUCUGAGGAGGCGGAGGAGGGCGGCCUGGAAGCAGGGAGGCUUCCGGCCAUGUUUCAGGGUCUCUACGGCAGCUUGGGGGAGCGGCUGUCCUUAGACAUGGACCACAUGGACAUGGGAGACCUGGUCAGGAGCGAGCUGGGGGUGAGGGGUCACAGGAGCGACAUGGUGGGUCACUCGGGGGUGCAGGUGAGCAUGCGGGCCUCGUCCAAUCAGAACUCUGUGAAGAGCUGCAGCGUGCGACACGGUUCCAAAAUCAACAUGGCCACCGCCGCCAUGGACAUGAUGGAGCUGGACUGGUCUGACAGCGAUUAGCACCUCUUGCCUUUUUCUAUCAAGUGUGCUGUACUCCACCUACCUAUUUCAAUAGGUAUUUACCUACUGUAAACACCUAUUUAAAUAGGUAUUUACCUACUGUAAACACCUAUUUAAAUAGGUAUUUACCUACUGUAAACACCUAUUUAAAUAGGUGUUUACAGUAGGUAAAUACCUAUUUAAAUAGGUAUUUACCUUCUGUAAACGUCACUACUCACUGUCACAAGUCACACACCUUGUUUUUCUUGGCGUAGCGUGUAGAUUUGACACUUUGACAUUUUAGCUCAAACUGUGAUUUUCUGUAGGAAUUUUUGCCAUUUUCAUUUUUCAAUAAAAAGACAGAUAUAAAAAAGAAAACAACCCAGCACCAGAGUUUAAAUGAACAUUUUGUGAAGCGAUGGACAACUCAGGAGGCUUUUACUGCAGACAAUAGGUGCAGGUGCAUGGCUGGAGGUGCCCACAAUGUUGGCGUCAUUGCGCACAGUCAAAGGUUGUACAAUUUAGAAUUUAGGGGUCAUAUCAUGAUUUUCGUUUGCUUUCAAAACAGAUAACAUGUAGUGACGGUUGUUUGGUCAACAUCCUGCUGUAAAGAACUCUUUUCAAGCCAACUUUUGUCUGCCUUCAAAAGGUUCAUUUUGAGAGGCGGAGGAAGCCCUCCUUACUACAC